AUGCUUCUCAGAACUGCCUUUCGACCCUCCGCAUUCCAGUCGGUCGCCAAAUCCAUACCGGCUGGAAGAGUACGGUCACCACUCAGUCGGCCAGUGCUCGUCGCUUUUGGCGUGUCCCUGGGUGCGGCGCCUUUCCUCCAUCCCUCAAACACAGCUCGACUGGACACCUCACCCUAUUCUCCUCAAGCCGCCGAAUUUAGCAGUACCCCUUACACACAUUCACGAGACGCCCGGACCCCGUUGACAAAAGAUGGAAGGACACUCAACCCUGCGGCCGUGAAGCAGAUCAGUCUAGGCGCCAUCCUAGGUCUAGGUGCAGGGGUAGUCUUGUCGGCUUUCUCAAGCAUGUUGACUCUCAUCGUCGGUCUGGGAAUUGUCCUUUGGCAGUACGCCGCGCGCAAGGGCUACAACUUUAUCCCGGUUGAACGCCUGCAACGGUAUUUCAAGAACAUCGACCUCCGAAGUGCAAUCAACGACAAUGCGGCUUUCAAGAUUAGCUUUGGCCUGUUAUUUGCUUUGACAGCAUUCGGGGAUUUCUGA